AUGGCAGAAACUGGUGGUGAAGACAGCAGUAUUGUCACUAAAAAUGGAUUCAAAUUUAAGAGAACUGCUGGCAAAGGAAACAGAACUGUGUCCAGUCUGGAAGUUGGAACACGGACACAAAUUGACCAAUCUUUAAAGUCCAACCUUGCUCAAGUGACAGAUGCAAAAUCUAUAACAGUAGUUUCUUCAACAAAAGAAAAUGUCAAACCUUCAAGCACAUCAGCUCCUAGAGCACAAUCAACCAUCAUUCUGGAUGAUUAUGAAGAUGAUAAUGAUGAUAACUGGCUUACAGCACGACCAUUUCCUACCACUGCCAAACCCGCUACUAAGUUUGUUCCAAAAGUAUCAAAGCUGGGAAAACAAAUGUCAAUUACUGCUUUUACUGGCAAAGAUGUCAAACUUUCGAAACCUGUUGCCACUGUAGCACCUCACAGUGUGCCUGGCCAGAUGAAUGAGUCUAUAACUGACAAGUCCAGGGCAAAAAGCAGUAUCGGUAAGGAACCAGGGCGUCUUCUGUACACAGGAAAAAAAAGUUAUGAAGACUUAGAUGAUGACGACGACGACCUUUUUGGUCCUUCUUUUUCUGAGCCAAAAUCUCCAAAAGUGUUGGAUGACACUUCAGAUAAUCCGAACUCAAGGACAUUGGCUGAGCCAGUAUUUAACACAAGAAUGAAAUCUGGGAAACCACUUGUUACCAGUGCAAGCAGAAAUAUUCUAUCAACAAGUGAUAAUAAUGAUGACUUAACAGAUUUCUCAACAGCCUCUCCAGUGAUAAAACCAAAAGCCUUUUUGUCACUAAAGCGAAGUAAGCCAUUCAUGGGUAAAGGCAGUCUAAAGGACAGAACUGAAUCAUUAAAAGACAGGACAAUUCAGGAAUUAAAUAACACAGAUUCAGAAGAUGAUGGACAGAUUCAACAACAGAAGAGAAGACGAACUGAGACUUUCCCUUCGAACAAUGUAGACAAUCCAUCCUGCCCACCCCCAGCUGUUCAUAAGCCACAAAACAGACUUAGUUCAGGUGAGGUGUCCAUUCCAAAUGAUACCUGGAUAAAUAAGAUACAUAAUGAGGACACAACAGACCCACUACGACACCCGUUACUGAAGAAACCAGCAGGACAGCUGAGUUGUGAAGACAUUGUGGAACUAAGGACUGUGCUUCUUCGUAUCAUGGACGAGAUUUGUGAUAUCAUUUGUAAGGUUAGCACUGACGAUCUGAUGGUCAUAGCCUGGCAAAACUAUGAGAGACUGCAGAAACUUCUUACAUUCAGGAAGAGCAUAAAAAACAAAGCUGAUUGUUUCUCCUCUUCAAUGGAGAUUUCAUCAGCCAGACAAAAGUGUGCAGACAGAGCUCCUUCCCAGUCUAUCAGUUCCUCACAGUCAUUACCAAAGGAAAACUUGUCUCCUUCUAGCACCUCCACACCCCUCCGAUUCCAGAUGAUGGAUUCUACAACUCCGGGAAUUGAGGCUAAUGGCCUUACAGACAAGAGUUAUAAAAGGACGUCAAACGGUUCAUUUAAAGCUUUCAGCUCUCCUAUACCAUGUGGAGAAAGCUUUUUUGAGGAGGAUGCCAAACUAACACAGUCACAUGCAAACUUUAUGGCAAACUUUAACAGAAAAUCAAUGGGUUCUCCAUCCACAUUCAGUAAAAAUGGCACUGUCACAGGGAUGGCCUCUCCGCCUAUAAUGAGUCUGAGUAAAGGUGUUGGGAACAAGACCAGUCCUAUAGACACUAAAGUGAUGGAUGAAUCUUUAACAAAAUCAGCCACAUCUAACUUUGAUUUCAGUUACAAGAUUGCACAGAAUGAGGGACCUAGUUCUGUAAAGAGAUCAGGUCACAAUGAAACCUCCACACUACAGGACUCCCACCACAGUGAUUUCUGUAUUGACAUAGAUGACUUUGAAUUUGAUGAGGAUGAGAUUGAAGAAUCAGAUAUACCAUCUCUUGUCCAUACACCUAGACGUAAACAACAGACAGAUACAAGUGCUAGAAAUCCUGCCAAAGGUGAAAACAGAAGUUUUGACCAUUAUCCAGUAACCAAACCAAACAGCUGUCAAAAGCAGCCUGAGGAUCCUAACAAACAUUUUGAUGGAUUUGGAUUUUCUCACAGCAAAGAGAUGAUGAAAGCAUUCACUUCAGUGUUUGGUCUGCAUAGCUUCCGUCACCAUCAGCUUCAGGCAGUUAAUGCUUCUCUGUUGGGCAACGACUGCUUUAUCCUGAUGCCUACAGGUGGUGGAAAGAGUCUUUGUUACCAGCUGCCAGCUCUUGUGUCCGGAGGUGUGUCCAUCGUUGUUUCCCCUCUCCGAGCUCUCAUACAGGAUCAGGUUCAGAGACUUAAUUCUAUGAUGAUUCCAGCAGCUCAGCUGUCCUCUGAUCAAAACAAAACACAGGCAGAUUUUAUUUAUACUAAACUCUCCUAUAGGAAGCCAGAAAUCACCCUCCUCUAUGUCACACCAGAAAAGAUAUCUGCCAGUGACAAGCUCAACAACUGUUUAGAUAACUUGUAUCGUAGGAAGAUACUUUCCCGAUUUGUCAUCGACGAAGCUCACUGUGUCAGCCAGUGGGGUCACGACUUCCGACCGGACUACAAGAAACUGAACAUUCUUCGUGAGCGCUACCCUGAGGUCCCAGUGAUGGCACUAACUGCCACAGCCACUCCCAGGGUCAGGAAAGACAUCAUUCACCAGCUCAAAAUGAAGGACACCAAAUGGUUUGUGCAAAGUUUUGAUCGACCUAAUCUUCGAAUGUCAGUUGAGCACAAGAAGCCCUCAACACUAACAUCUGAUAUCAUUAAGUUGAUCAAGGAGAGGUUCUCAGGGAAAUGUGGCAUUGUUUACUGUUUGUCAAGAAAAGAAUGUGAUAGCACAGCUCAAGAUCUGAGUAAGGCUGGCAUUCAGGCUGUGUCUUACCAUGCUGGCCUUGGGGAUGGUGAAAGAAUUAGCAUACAGGAAAAAUGGCUCAAUGGUGCCACUUGUAAGGUGAUUUGUGCCACUAUAGCAUUUGGAAUGGGAAUAGACAAGGCAGAUGUACGAUUUGUGAUUCAUUACUCACUACCUAAGUCUAUGGAGGGAUACUACCAGGAGGCUGGCCGGGCUGGCAGAGAUGGACAGCUAGCCUAUUGUCUCUUGUACUAUACUUAUCAGGAUGUGAAACGUAUUCGCCGUAUCUUAGAGCUUGACAAUAAUGCAACCUAUGACUCAAAGAAAGUGCACAUUGAUAACUUAUUCCGAAUGGUUCAGUAUUGUGAGAAUAUGACAGAUUGUCGGCGUGCUCAGCUUUUGAAUUACCUGGGAGAACACAACUUUGACAGAAGUGGGUGUGGCAGCUUUCGAGGUUCAAUGUGUGACAACUGUGCUUCAAAGGACAUGUUCCAGCUUCGAGAUGUUACAGAAGAUGCCAAGGAGAUAAUUAAGUGUGUUAGAUCUAUCACCAGCUCUGGAGGGAGGCGUGGCUCCGACUUCACACUGCUUCACUUUGUUGAGAUCUUUAGAGGGUCAAGUAACAGUAAAAUCAAAGAAUUUGGUCAUGACAAAUUGCCACUACAUGGGAGAGGUAAAAGCUAUAGUCGCCAUGAUGCUGAAAGAAUGCUUCGGAAGUUAGUGAUAGAAGGAAUAUUGAUGGAGGACCUUCAGAUAACGGCCAUGGAUCACACAGCCUGUUACAUCAAGAUAGGACGAGGUGCUAAUGAUGUCAUGAUGGGAAACAAAAAGAUAGAGUUACAGGUCCAAGGUAAUAGGUCAAGGAGUGAGGCCACAAAGAUUGGUCGCAACACAGUGUCCAACCAGGACCGUCUUGUAGAAGAAUGCUACACAGAACUACUUGAACUAGCAAAGGAAAUUGCCCAAGAGCAUGGAUUCAAAAAUGUGGACCGUUUAUUCCCCUUGGCCAUGCUUCGCCAGCUGGCUGAAGAAACACCUCUCACUGUUGAUGAAAUGACAAGCAAAAUAGACAACCUGACAGAAUAUAAGGUCACCAAGUAUGGAGCCGAUCGCUUUUUGGAUAUCACCACCAAAUAUUGUGUCCUUAUGUCCACUGCUGCUGAAAAUGAGGCAGCUGAAUCUGGGGCAAACCAAACUUCUGGUCCUGAUCCAGACUGGGAGUCACCCUAUUUUGGGGAAGAAGAAACCAGUUCUUUUGGUUUUAAGAAGAGAGGGAGAGGAAGAGGAAGAGGUGGCUUCAAGAAGAAAUUUGGAGGUAAAAAGAAAAAAGGACAAGGAAAAACAACAGGGAAUUCUGCAAGCAGUGGAGGACUCAGCCAGUACAGCUAUCAAAAUUCUUCAGGUUCAUCAAAGCCUGGAAAGGGAGGGAAAUCUGGAGGAAGGGGAUCCCGCGGGAGAGGAAAUUCUCUUGGUUUUCUGCCAGCACCCGCUCCUAAACAACGUUCUUUUCUCGGUGGAUCUGGAGGAUCUUACUUCGGAUGAGACUAAUGUGCUGUCUCUCACAGAAUUUCCUGUUCUGUUUCCAAGUGAAAAAUUUCUCAAGAAAUCAGUCUCUGUGUGAAAUGAUUUGAUGUUGAUUACCAUUAAGGAAAUGGUUUUACUGUUUAUUGAUAUACCAUUGAAGACUAUGCUGGAAUGAUUUGACUUUGGUAUUUAACUUUAUG